GCACAGGAACCAAGAGUGAGAUAAACUGGGAGGGGGAAAGGGGGAGGGACAGAGAAGACCAGAAAGAGUUUAGGCAGAGAGAAGGAGAGAAAUACAAAUGAUGGGAGCGAAGCCAUCUAAAAGAAACAGUGUGAAGAAGGGGAUGCCGACCCUUGAGGGCAGUGGAGUGCCAAUGGCAGCUGCUGUGUUAGGGGGCAGUGAUGAUACAGCAGCUGACGAUGAGGAUGAUGAAGAGUUGGGGGCCGAUCAACAGUUUGAGGAGCCGAUAUGUGCUCUGGUUCAGAACUGUACCAUGCUGCAUAACAUCGUGGGCCCCGCUUGCAUCUUUCUCCGGCAGAGCUUUGCUCAGGCUCAACUCGACAGAGAUCUACGGCCAGAGGAAGUUGAAGAGCUGAAAGAAGCCUUCCGAGAAUUUGACAAAGAUAAGGAUGGCUUCAUUAGCUGUAAGGAUCUGGGCGAGUGCAUGAGGACGAUGGGCUACAUGCCCACAGAGAUGGAGCUGAUUGAACUCAGUCAGCAGAUUUGUGGUGGUAGAGUGGACUUUGAGGACUUUGUAGACCUGAUGGGCCCAAAGAUGCUGGCUGAGACAGCAGACAUGAUCGGGGUGAAGGAACUAAGAGAUGCUUUUAGAGAGUUUGACUCUAAUGGUGAUGGUCAGAUCAGUCUGGCUGAACUGAGGGAAGCCAUGAAGAAGCUGAUGGGAGAGCAGCUCAACCACAGAGAGAUUGAUGAGAUCCUUAGGGAUGUUGACCUUAAUGGAGAUGGGCUGGUUGACUUUGAAGAGUUUGUGCGAAUGAUGUCUCGCUGAUUUUGAGAACAUGUGAAAAAGGAGGAGAACGACCAGUUUGCCUCCUAAUGUGAAGAGUGUAGUACUAUGCAUCUCCUUUAAAUAACUACCAUGCUGUUUCUCCAUCCAAAGACCUUUAUUU